AUGGCGGAGUUUGCCUACAACAACGCCAUUCACAGUUCAACAGGAAAAUCCCCAUUUAAGGCACUCUAUGGAUGGGAACCAUCCCUCACCCCUAGUAACGUACCAACCAAUGUACCUGAGGCAGACAACCUGGCAACUAAAAUGGAAGCACAAUGGCAAGAAAUAGAAUCGGCACUCCGGCAAUCAAAAGUAUGCAUGACUGCCGGAGAAACAGGAGAACCAGUUAACUUCAAAAUUGGGGAAGAGGCCUGGCUAGACGCAAGAAAUGUCAAGCUAAAAACCUUGAGUUCCAAGCUGACAGAACAACGCCUAGGCCCUUUCAAGAUAACCAAAAAGAUCUCCGACCGUGCUUACCAACUAGAACUCCCUCCUUCCAUGCGGAUCCAUGACGUCUUCUAUGUGGGGUUAUUGUCCAAAGUAAAACAAGACAAGAAACGGGCGUUUGAAAACCAACCGCCACCAGUCACCAUAGACGGAGAAGAAGAAUACAAGGUGGAGGGAAUAACGGAUAUGGAAGAAAGAAACGGAGAAUGGUUCUUCAGGGUCAAAUGGAAGGGUUACGGAUCAGAGGAGAAUACCUGGGAACCAAGGGAAAACCUCAAGAACGCGGAAAAAAUCCUGAAAAAUUUCGAAAAAGAGAUGAAGAAGAAGGCCCUCAGCGCUGCCAAGGCCCUUAAAGGGGAGGCAGUGUCGUAG